UGUAACUGUUUAAAAUUUGGAAAGAUGUUCGUGGUAAUUUCCAGUCACCGAAUUUUCCUGAGCACAGUAGGGCCAAGAGUUCUCCCAGUGCUACCAAGGCUGAAUAAAAGAAGGACGUGCAGUUCUGACUUGACCAGGCGGCACCUUCGAUAUUUAAAUGUAAAAGUUGGAGACCGGGCUGAACUCACUAAGGCUUUUACCCAGAAGGACGUUAUUACGUUUUCAGAAUUAACAGGGGACGUCAACCCCUUGCACUUAAACGAAGACUUUGCAAAGCAGACAGAGUUUGAAAGGACCAUCGUUCAUGGAGUUUUGAUCAAUGGACUGAUUUCUGCGCUUCUGGGUACCAAAAUGCCUGGUCCAGGCUGUGUGUUUAUUUCUCAGGAGAUUAACUUCCCAGCCCCUUUGUAUGUUGGAGAAUUGGUCUUAGCGACUGCUGAAGUGAAAAAGCUGAAGAUGCGUGUUGCUUUUAUUGAAGUAUCAUGUCGUGUAAUAGAAAGAAGAAAAACUGUGAUGGAGGGCCUGGUUAAAGUUAUGGUCCCAGCUGUCCCUAGUUCUUGAACGAUAUUGUAAAGCUACAGAAUCAGAAAUGUAUUGAUGUGCAAAUUAAAGUACAACUAGAGAAAAUAA